AUGGGAAAGGUUCUUGAGAAGGAAGCGUUCGGAUUAGCCACGAAAGACGAAUCCGGGGUUCUAUCGCCUUUCCGUUUCUCAAGAAGGGAGACGGGAGAAAAAGAUGUGAGGUUCAAAGUUUUGUUCUGUGGAAUUUGCCACACUGAUUUGUCUAUGGCCAAAAACAUUUGGGGGUUUACUACUUACCCUCUCGUCCCUGGGCAUGAGAUCGUUGGCGUGGUUACUGAAGUGGGAGCCAAAGUGACCAAAUUCAAUGCCGGAGACAAAGUCGGAGUUGGUUAUAUGUCUAGCUCGUGCCGGUCAUGUGACAGUUGUUCCGAUGGCCAAGAGAACUACUGUCCAAAAAUGAUCCUAACGUCCGGAGCCAAGUACUAUGACGACACCAUGACUCAUGGUGGUUACUCCGACCACAUGGUAUGUGAAGAGGAUUACAUCAUCCGUAUACCCGAAAAUCUCCCGUUAGAUGCUGCCGCGCCGCUACUUUGCGCCGGAGUCACGGUCUAUUCACCGAUAAAAUACCACGGACUCGACAAGCCCGGUAUGCAUAUUGGUGUGGUGGGACUAGGCGGUUUAGGUCAUGUAGCUGUUAAAUUUGCUAAGGCUAUGGGUACUAAAGUUACGGUUAUUAGUACUUCGGAGAGUAAGAAAGACGAAGCGAUAAAUCAUCUUGGUGCGGAUGCCUUCUUGGUAAGCCGUGACCCGGAACAAAUGAAGGAUGCAAUGGAGACUAUGGAUGGUAUAAUCGAUACCGUAUCCGCGACCCAUCCGCUUCUUCCCCUUCUUGGUUUGCUUAGAUAUAAGGGAAUACUUGUCAUGGUUGGUGCACCGGAGAAACCACUCGAGCUUCCGGUCAUGCCUCUCAUCUUUGGGAGGAAGAUGGUGGUGGGAAGUAUGAUAGGAGGGAUAAAAGAGACUCAAGAUAUGAUGGAUUUGGCCGGAAAACACAGCAUCACGGCGGAUAUUGAGCUUAUCUCUGCGGAUUAUGUCAGCACCGCCAUGGAAAGGCUCGAGAAGGCCGACGUUAGGUAUCGAUUUGUGAUUGAUGUUGGCAACACAUUGAAACCUGCUCCUUAA